CUUCACUCUUCAUUCACGCGCAAACUUUAAACUCUCUCUCUCUCUCUCCAAAUUCUCUCAUUCAUUCCCCUUUCACCCCUACUAGUAAGUACUCCUCAGUCCCCCUUUUUGUCUCACCGGAAUAAGCAACUCUCACAUACCCACCACCACCACCACUUUUCACCCACUCAAAUGCGAAUCUAAUUUGUCAAAAUUAUAAUAAAAUCAUAUACGUACGUAAGAUAUAUAUUCACUAGUCAACAAUAUAUAUCCGAAGAAAUGAUGGAUUCUCGCAAGUUUACCGAACACAAAACCCACACCACUAUGAAUGCCCUCACUUCUCCUUCCAAAAUCAUACGUAUUUCCUUAACUGACCCUUAUGCUACAGACUCCGAUUCUUCAGGAGAUGAAUCCACCCGUACACGUGUCAAGAAGUACAUAACUCAAGUUACUAUAGAAAACCAUUCCCCCGCAACCACGGUCAAAGAAUCAAUUCAAAACCACAACAACAAUAAAAGAUCCAGAAAUAAAGGUGUCGGCAAAGGUGAUGUCCCUCCACCGAAAUUAAAAGUUACCAAUAAUAAAAAGUUUCGCGGGGUGAGGCAAAGACCAUGGGGAAAAUGGGCGGCUGAGAUUAGAGAUCCAAUGCGACGUGUACGGUUAUGGCUUGGUACCUACAAUACCGCUGAGGAGGCUGCUAUGGUUUACGACCACGCGGCUAUUCAGUUACGUGGUCCUCACGCGCUCACUAAUUUCACCUUUCCACCACCGCCGCUGUCUUUGCCGGAAAAGAUAAAAGCAAAGGUUUCUCCGGUGUCUUCGAGUAACAACUCCGGCGAAGACUCUCACCGCAACAUGAAGGCCACGUCACCCAAGUCUGUUUUACGUUUUACUUCCGACGAGUCAACUGCUGAGUCAACUCACAACGACGCCGGUGUUGAAGUGUCGGAAGUUACCGGAGAUGACGUGGCAUCGUCGGAGAAUUUUUCAGGGUUUGAGCCUUUUGAUAAUAGUUUCUGUACUUCGGAUUUGUUUGAGUUCCCAGAUAUAUUACCGGAUAUAUUCGACCCGGCAAGCUUAACGGGUGACCCGUUUGAAGGAACCGACCCGGUUGACAUGUUUGUUGAUUCGAGUUACGAUGUCGGGUUUGGUAGUUGGGCUGCAGAUGAUUACUUUAAUGAGUUUGGUGAUAUAUUCGGUUCGGAUCCUCUUGUUUCACUUUAGAAAGUAAAAGACCCACCCGGGGUUGGAAUUUUUGUACGGAAAGUAGGAAGUUUAUUAUAUUUGUUUAUUAUUUUUAUUAUUAUGACUAUAUAUAUUACGUAUGAUAAGAAGAUAAGAUAGAUAGAUAUAGACUAUAUAGAUAUAUAUAAAUAUCUAGGUGAACUCCAUUACUGUUUAAGAGUAAUGGACGAGUUGCUAAUAUAUGUGGAUGUUUCAGUGUUUGAUGUUUAAAGUGUGGCAUAUUUAUUUAUAUUUCAACGACGCGAUGUUGCUUUAUUUCUCA